AUGCACUCCCACAUCCGCCCCAACACGCACGUCGCCUUGCGCCUGCCCUCGGGCAUCCUGAAGAUCGUCGAGCUCAAACCCAACACAAACAUCUUCCUGGGCAAAUUCGGAACUUUCAACUCCAACCUCCUGCUCGGCCGGCCUUACUACCUCACCUACGAGCUCCUCGACAAGGACGACGGCAAGGCCAAGACCGAGCUGCGCGUCGUGCCAGCCGCAGAGCUCCAUGCAGAAGCAGUAGGCGACGGACAUGCGCCUGCGCCUGCGCCUGCAGCAGACGAGGAGGCAGACGACAGCGCUGAAGGCGGCGCUGGCUUCGACAUUGUGGGUGCUGACGGCGAGGUGCUCAUGCGCAACAACCGCCUCACCGUCGACGAUGCGACACGCCAGACGCUCACCAUGGAGGAGAUCGAGGAGCUGAAGAAGGCCGGCACGGGCUCAGGCAAGGACAUCAUCGCGAAGAUCAUGGCCUCGCACCAGGCCAUCAGUGAGAAGACGGCCUUCUCGCUCGCAAAGUACACUCUCCGGAAGUCACGCAAGUUCUUGAGGCGCUUCACCGCGCUGCCCCUGGAUGUAGGGAGGCUUGCCGAGCACAUCUUGGAGAAGGAGGCAUACAGGAUCAUGGAGCUGAGGGAGGACCUGCUGGGCCUGAUCUGCAGUUGGUCAAACGUCCACUGCAGCGCAAAGACCCGCGUCUUGACCGCCGAGGAUGGAGUCAGCCAGAUCGGAGGAGGAAGGUGGCUGGUCGUAGACGACACGGGCGGUCUCGUCACAGCCGCACUCGCCGAGAAAAUGGGCCUGCUUUACCCCACAGAAGAAGAGGAGUCGACUUCAGAUGACGAGGAAGAAGCAGCACCAGAACCGCCCUCCAACAGCGCACCAGAACCGCCCUCCAACAGCGCACCAGAACCGUCCUCCAACAGCGCACCAGAUACCGCCAUGCCCGACGCCGACACCGCAGCCGACGCAUCCACCCGUCCGCGCAAACCCCCACGACCACACAUCCCCCAAAUGUCCGCCUACACCAACACCCUCACCAUCCUGCACCCAAACAACCAGCCCAACCUCGCCUGCCUAAAGUACUUCGGCUACGACUUCGGCCAGCCCUCGCCCUCGCACCCCUUAUACAAGCACCUAAAAUCGCUCUCCUGGCUCUCCCUCCUCUCUCCCUCAGACGACCCAUCCUACAUCGAGCCCGAGCAGCUCACGGAGACGGAGCUAGCCAACAUGAAAAGCAGCAAGCGGGGCAAUUACUACAAGAAGCGCCGACGAUGGGAGAAGUGCAAGCGCGUCGUCGACGAAACCAGGCGCGGCGGCUUCGACGGGCUGGUCGUGUGCACCAGCAUGGACGUCAAGGGCGUGCUGAAGGAACUCGUCCCGCUCGUCAAAGGCGGCGGGAAGGUAGUCGUCUACCACCAGAACGUCGAGCCGCUCGUCGAGCUCACGGACUGCUACUCGAAAGAGCGCAGAGCAGCGUUCAUCGCGAGAGAAUUCGGUACAGAUACACGGAGAAACGGCAAACGAACGCUCGGUCAUCGCCACGACACUAACACCACCACCGCCGACGCCGACGCCGACGACGACGAUGGCAACGAUGAUGAUGACGAUGAUGAUUUCCCAGUCAACCCAACGCUCCUCCUCGCUCCCACCCUGCAGACCGCGAGAGCGAGGCAGUGGCAGGUCCUCCCCGAGCGCACGCACCCCAUGAUGACGAGCAAAGGCGGCGCCGAGGGCUAUGUUUUUACUGGCACCCGCGUCAUUCCCGUUGAAGGUCGUGUUGAGGCCAGAGGGCAUGGGACGAGGAAGAAGAGGAAGACGGUCGUCGAGACGGCUGGGGAGACGGCUGGGGAGACGGUUGUUGAGACGGCUGGGGAGACGCCAGCGAAAGGGUAA